UCAAGAUAACAGCUCUCACUGACACCACUUCAGAAGGAUUCUGCUGAAUGGACUGAGAGGAGCUCUGUAGCUGCCUGCUGUUACCAGUGCUUUGCUCCACAGCCUUGGACUUUCUGAAUUGACUUGUGCAGUAAGGAAUCCAAAAUGCCACUAUGCAUUGUAUCUGGCUGCAAUAACAAAUGCAACAAAGAGACAUAUGCAAAAGCAGUAAUAAUGCAUACUUUUCCAAAAAACAUUGAGGAUAUCAAAAUAUGGCUUCUGCAGACAGGACAAGAUUUUGGAGAUAUUGAAAAAUUUGCACAAAGAAUAGUAGACACUAGAAGAAAUGCUCCAUUUCGCUUAUGUUCUGACCACUUUACACCAGAUAGCUAUAUCAUAAGUAGUCAUAACUCAAAAAAAACCCUGAAAAUGGAUGCAUUACCAACCUUAUUUCCUAAUAGCAGAGAAGCCUGUGACACAGCAAUAACUCCUGCUUUGAAGAAGGCCAAAAGAGAGAUACUGGACAAUUCCUCUCAAAGUACGCAAAGAAUACAGCGUUUACCAAGUAUGACUGAUGCCAGCACAUCUACAGCAGUGACUGUUAUGAGAGAUGUCGGCACUAGAACUGAUAUGUACCAUAAAAUGAGAAACAUUAGUACACAUACAAACCCCUGGCAUGGAGUCAAAAAUGCAACUUGCAAUACAGAUCCAAGACAUGGAAAGGCUACUGUGACUACAUGUACUGACCCGCACUUAGGAAUGCAGGAUGUUGGUACCAUGGUGAAUAUAAGAAUGAUGGAUGCCUUCACAUCAACAGAUUCUCCUUCGACUUUUGAAAAUAAAUCUUGUCAAUGGCCAGAAUAUGAGCAAAAUAGUGUUGCAGAACUAUGGAAGGUUCAGCAGGAUCAUGAUUACUCUGGGCAUGAUUAUGAGAAUCCCAGGGCUCACUCAACACCCAAAAAAAGGCCACUUGUCUGCAAAGGGGCAGAUGUACAGCAGAGUGUACCAGACACAACAUCAGAGUCACUGAUAUGUUCUGAGGAAUUAUCAAAAGAUUUAGACUACAGUCCGAACAGUACUAUAAAUACUAAUGAUGCAACAUUACACAUACAAGAGAAAACAGAUGAAGAUAUUGUACAGGAAAGGAAAUUUUUAGUGUUUGAAUCCUGUCUUGAUGAACUGCUACUAAAUCUAUACUGCUCAUGUGGUCUGAAAAUUUGCAGAACAGAUAAGUAUGUGCAGGGUACAUUUGUGUCUGUUAAUGGUUACUGUUAUAAUGAACACAAAAUUCACCUAUGGGAUAGCCAGCCACUGAAAGGGUCUAUCCCUACAGGAAAUGUACUUUCUGCUGCAGCUUUGCUGUUCAGUGGAGGAAAUUACAACAGAGUUAGAGAAAUGGCCUCUCUUUUGGGCAUGCCAUUUAUUUCGCAGUCUACAUAUUACAGAUACCAGCGCCAUCUGCUUUUCCCAGCAAUUGACAUUCAUUGGCAAAAAGAACGCCAGUCUCUGCAUGAACAAAUAAAAGAUACACCUCUGUAUUUUGCUGGCGACGGACAAUGUGAUAGCCCAGGCUAUAAUGCUAAAUAUUGUGCGAUAAGAUAUAACGAUAUAGCAAAACUUAGCAUGUCACAAUGCGAUUCCCUCAAAUAGAUAAAUUGUGAACUGUGGUUGCAUAUUUUUUAAAACCUGUUUCAAGGUGGUGUAUUUUUUACUGCUAAUAUAAUACUUAUUAUUACAUACACUGCACACUGGUGCAAACUAUAAAAGAGCUGGUACACUAGUCCAGAAAUAUUUUUGUGAGUUAGUAAAGUGUACAUAAAACACAUGCAUAAAGGAAAAAUAUUGUGACUGUUAUUUCAUUCCACAGUUUAUUUCACUUUAGGGUAUGUUUAUAAGAGAAUAUUUUUCAGCUCUUUAAGACCAUUGCACAUUUUGACCACCACAGUCUCUGAAAAAAGCAUAUUAGUUAAAACACCAUUCUCUGCCGCUUUAAGCUUCCUAUUUAUUUGAACACAAAACAUGCUUCCUAUAGAACACACAGAUCAGGAAAGGGUCAUUUACAAAACCAUAUUUGGAAAUUCUACCAAAUAUGAGUAAACACUGCGUAAAUAUCAAUAACUUUCUACAAACACAAAAUGUAGUAUUCCCAUAAAUGUGCAUAACAGAAAGGUAACACAAAGCUCUUUCUCAUCUAUAGUGAGCA